CUUUUUUAUCUACUAUUAUUCUUAUUAUUUCCCUUGUACGGACGAACCAAAAAAAAAAUGACCAAUACUCGACAGUUCCGUAUCCGAGCACCUUGUUCCACAGCCAACAUUGGACCUGGAUUUGAUGUAUUGGGUAUUUCUUUAUCACUUUACUUGACAUUGGAUGUUACAGUAGGAAGUCAAGACGACAAUGUACCAGCAUUUACAAUGACUUAUUCUGGAGAAGGAGCUCAAGAUGUUCCCUUGACACCUGAACAUAAUCUGAUCACCAAAGCGGCUUUGUAUGUACUUUCAGCUAAUGGUAUUCAACAACUUCCUAGUCCUCUCAAGAUCCAUGUGGACAAUCCUAUUCCUUUAGGUCGAGGACUUGGAUCGUCUGGUGCUGCUGUGGUGGCUGGUAUUCUUUUAGGUGAUGCACUAGGUCAACUUGGAUUAUCACGUUCUCGAUUACUGGACUAUUGUUUGAUGAUUGAAAGACAUCCGGAUAAUGUAGCAGCAGCUUUAAUGGGUGGGUUUGUCGCUUCUUAUUUACGAGAAUUGUCUCCAGAAGAUAUGGAAGGUAUCCCUGAAUCCGAAACCUUAUUGGAAGUUACCCCUUCUACUCCUUCUCCACAACCUCCUCAAGGUAUUGGUCAUUUCUUACGUUUGGCUUGGAAUCAAGAUAUUAAGUGUAUUGCCAUCGUACCUCAAUUCAAGGUCGCUACUGCUAAAGCUCGUUCUGUUUUACCCUCUUCUUAUCAACGUCAGGACGUUAUUUUUAAUUUCCAACGAUUGGCUGUAUUGACCACAGCUCUUGGUCAAAACCCUCCUGAUGCUGAUUUGAUUUAUAAUGCUAUGCAAGAUAAAAUUCAUCAACCUUAUAGAAAAACUUUGAUUCCUGGUUUACCUGAAGUCUUAUCUUCCAUCACUCCGGAAAAAUACGAUGGUUUAUUGGGAAUUUGUUUAUCGGGUGCUGGUCCUACCAUAUUGGCCUUGGCUACAAAGAACUUUGAUGCUAUUGCUACUGCUGCUCAAGCUGUUUUUAAGGAACAUGGAAUUCAAGAUAGUUUUUACAAAGUCUUGGAUGUUGUAGAGGAUGGUUCCACUUGUGUAGAUUUAUAGAUUAGAAAUGGAUUAGACUUUUUUUUUUGAAAUAAAACUCUUC